AUGUCACUCGAGUCAAGUAAUGACCAACCCAACUCUCUGCAAACAAACAACCACACAACUAGCGACCGUAAUCGUCAUAAAAAAACAACCCAUAUGCUAUUGUUGGAUGAGAAGAGGAGGGGAGGAUAUUGGUUUCGAAAAUGGGAUUCAUUAGACAUACGUACCGUUUCAUGGCUCAUCGCGACACAUGUAUUGGCUUGUUGCGCUCCUUUCAUGUUUGAUUGGGGCGCAUUGAGAGUUGCCGGGCACAUAACUUUGUUAAGUGGGAUUGGUAUAAGUUUAGGAUAUCAUAGACUUCUUACUCACCAUAGUUUAAAGAUCCCCAAAUGGCUUGAGUAUUUCUUUGCCUAUUGUGGUGCUCAUGCUGGCUUGAGGGAUCCAAUAUUUUGGGUGAGCAUACACAAGAACCACCAUAAGUAUUCUGAUACAGAUAGAGACCCUCAUUCACCGGUCGAAGGAUUUUGGUUUAGUCAUAUAGGUUGGUUAUGCUACAAUGACUAUAGUGCUUCAAAGUGUGGAGAAUCAAGAAGCGGAGAAUUCUCAAAUGUACCUGAGCUAAAGGCACAAUGGUUUUAUAGGUUUCUUCAUGAAACUUAUAUGGGGCAUUUGCUAGGGCUUUCAGCACUACUCUAUCUCUAUGGAGGCCUCCCUUACUUGGCUUGGGGAAUGGGUAUGCGAAUAGUGGCAUCAUUCCACGUGUCGCUUGGCAUAGCAUCUAUAUGCCAUUCGUGGGGCGAGAGGCCUUGGAACACCCCUGAUACGUCAACAAAUAACUGGUUGUUAGCACUACUAACUUUUGGUGAGGGUUGGCAUAACAACCACCAUGCUUUCCCAAAAUCGGCUCGAGCCGGAUUGGAAUGGUGGCAAUUGGACACAACAUGGCUGGUGAUAAGGUUUCUUGAAUUAGUUGGAUUGGCUACAAAUGUUAAGUCACCAACUCAAGAUGAGAAAAGAAAAAAAGCAUUGUUGUUUAGCUCCAAACCUCCAACCAAAAAAGAGGACUCACUUUGGACUUGGAUCAAGAUGGUUAAGCCAACUAGUGGUUUUCAUUUCGGUUCCAAUUAG